AUGGCCACGGGUGAGCUGACCGAGCUGGAGUUGGCCAUCGAGAAGAUUGUCACUGUCUUCUUCACCUACGCGGGGAAGGAGGGCAAGAAGGGAACGUUGACCUCCGGCGAGUUCAAAGAGCUGGUCCAGCUCCAGCUGCCCAACCUGAUGAAGGAUGUUCCCUCUCUGGAGGAGAAGAUGAGUGAGCUGGACGUGAACAACGAUGAGGAGCUGAAAUUCGGCGAGUACUGGCGGCUCAUCGGGGAGUUGGCCAAGGCCAUGCGGAGGGAGAGAGCAGGGAAGAAGAAGUGA